CUUCCCUCUCUUUGUUUCGGACACAUAAUUGUUGUUGUUUUUUUUGUUUCUUUUGUUAUCGUGCACCAGGCUGUAGUUUUUUUUUAAUAUAAUAAUUUUGGUUGAGAAGGAAGGAGUGUUUCCUGUGUUGUCUUCUCCUCCUCCUUCGCAAUCACGUUGAUUAAAGCUAAAGCCUUCAUUGAUGCUACUUCCCAUUCACCCUUCGUUUCUCUCACUCUCUCUCACUUUUCUCGCCGUUUCUGAACCCACCUUCCUUUGCGUCCAUUUCUCCGAGAGAUUUUAAUUCAGAUUUCCCCCCCCCUAGAAGAGAGUGAUGAGACUAUAAAAGUUGAGAAGAGUAUCUCUCUCUGUCUGCAAUGUCGUCGCUUUCUUUGCAAACGAUUGGUGCCAUCAAGUCUUAUCAUCAUCAAGCUCAGCAUCUGGUUAACAACUAUCUCUUGUCUGAUCCUUUUAUUCCUUACACCUCUGGUAUACUUUCCCUUUUUCUUCAUGAUAGUUAUAGGACAAAGCUAGAUCCUUUGUGAUUCGUAUGUGUGUUUCUUGUUCUCUUGCAGGUCUAUGAUCUUUGUCACUUUAUCAGCAACUCCCAUUCCAAGACAUAUAUCAUCCUCACCAAAAUUCAGAGAAUCGAAUGGAACAAUCGGUUUGUUCCCUUGUAUAUUGGCAGUGGUAUCUCAACAGUUCAUGCUCUUUUUAUCUCUGCUCUAUCGCUCUACUUUGUCAUCUGGUCCGAUCUCUUUUCCGAUAGGUGGCACAAUGAUCUUGUUGUUUUCCGGACCUCACGUCUUUCCUCUCUUGGUUUAGGGUUAUCUAUUGGUUACUUUAUUGCUGAUCUUGGGAUGAUCUUCUGGAAAUAUCCUGCUUUGGGUGGACUUGAGUAUAUUGUGCAUCACUCGCUAUCAGGGGUAGCAGUUGCCUACUCUUUGUUUUCUGGGGAAGGGCAGUUGUAUACCUGCAUGGUCCUCAUUUCCGAGAUUACAACCCCAGAGAUCAACUUGAGAUGGUACCUGGACACAGCUGGUAUGAAGAAGUCAAUGGCAUAUGUUGUUAAUGGCGUUUUCAUCUUCUUGGCUUGGCUGGUUGCUAGAAUUCUACUAUUCAUAUACAUGUUUUACCAUGUGUAUCUCCACUACAACCAGGUCAUGAGGAUGCACAUCUUCGGAUACGCUCUGGUAUUUGGUGUACCAGCUGCAUUAGGUAUCAUGAACUUGAUAUGGUUCGGUAAGAUUGUGAGAGGGGUGAAGAAAACAUUAGCAAAGAGAUGUGAAUGCUGAGAUUGGCGAGAGUCCACCUCAACAAUGUUGUACCAUCAGACCAGUCAUCAUUUUCUUCUACUUCUUUCCUUCUGACAUAUCUCUCUUCUCUCUAGUUGUAAGUAGUUUUUGUCUGAUGGAGAUAAACAAAAAUGAAAACGAUCCUCUGACGUCUCUGUAAAUGAUCUCUUUACGUUUUUCAUUAUACGAUGUAACUCUGUUUUCAUUCUAGUAGAUUUCUCCCUAGGUUUUAAUGUCUCA